AUGAUGCAGGACGAGUCGCACGCAGGCAUACAUUCCGGCAUACACGAAAACGCUGGAAAUUCUGCUAAACACGAAGGCGAACACAGCGGCAUGCAAGCGGGAACGCAAAUGGGCGAAGGAAGAGGCGUUAGCUCCGGCAAUGUUGGUGGCGCUGGUGGUGCGGAUGGUGGUGGUGACGAUACUCCAGCAGGUUUGUUAAUGCAGGAUGGCAAGCACAAUGGCAUACAUACAGAUAUGCAAAUCUUAGCUUUUUGUGCAGUUGGAGCUAUGGUGGAAGGUGGUGGAGGAGGCGGAAGGGGUGAUGGAGGAGGCGGUGCAGGAACGGGGGAAGAUGGGAAUUCUUCAAUACAUGAAGGCAAGCAUGCAGGCAUGCAUGCUGGUAUGCAAAUUGGCGGUUGUGAUACAGGAGGCGGCGGAGGGGGAGGAGCUGGAGGACUUGGUGGUGCUUCUAGGCAUGACGGAAGACAGGCCGGCAUACAUGCUGGGAUACAAACUGCUGGCUGUGGGGGUGGUGGUGGCGGUACAGGAGCUGGAUGA